AUGCCAGUAUUCUCAAACCCCGUAAUUGCUUCAACAACGAGCCCCAUCAACGGUAACAUUAACGGUUUGCCGGACAAAUGUAUGUGCGUCGAUGGACAACAACAACUAUUACAAAAAAGGAAACGUCGUCUUUCUCUUACAACUGAGAUCUCGACUGUGAGGUUAAUGCCAACCACUACAUGCUCACUGUAUUCGGGUUCAAAAUUUAGAGGUGAACAAAGGAGUGGGAGAAGUAGUUAUGAUGUAGCUGUUCAUAUCCAGCACGUUGAUCUUUCAGAGUCAUUUUUAUGUGGCUACCUUCAUAUUAGAGGCCUUACAGAAGACUAUCCUGAAUUAACCACUUUCUUUGAGGCAGAAAUUAUUGGACGCAAAUAUUCUUUUCUCACUAAGAAAUGGGAUGCUGAUGACAAAGUUGACAUUCGUUUCCCUGCAUUCCGUCCUCUCCAAAAGCAUAUGAAGAAAGAUGGAUUUGUUUAUGAUUUUCACAAUAAAGAUUAUAUUUUUAUGAGAUGGAAGGAGCAUUUCCUUGUUCCUGAUCACCGAGUCAAGACCAUUAAUGGUGCUAGUUUCGCUGGAUUCUAUUAUAUUUGCUAUCAAUUAAGCACAGGCAUUAUUACUGGAUUCUAUUUCCACAAAACCUCGGAACGCUGCAUCAUUGUGCAGACAACUCUUUCCCAUCAUUCGAAUUUCGAUAAGGAGGAAUCCUUAACUCAAAUACACAUUAGUUCCACACCUUACAAAAUAGAAAAACAGGAAAAAGAAUAA